AUGUCGGCUCCUACUGCUGUCAUCUUCCAUGAUACUAGCUACCGACAUAGAUACUCUAGGCCUAACACCUCACUUCAGGAUCUCGCCACUAUCGUUGAAAGACCGGAGCGCAUACCAGCAGCAACCUUGGGUGUUGCUGCUGCCCAGACCCGUGUUGGGAGGAGCAGGUUAUCGAUUCGUAAAUCCGAGCGGAUGGGCAGUUUGUUAGAUCUGGAGGUUAUGUUAGUCCACUGCCAUGCCGCUCCUGUCAGGGGUGCCAAAUCGUCAUGGCCCGAAGACCUUGCUGCUAUGUGUGGGGCUGCUGCUGAGAAGCUUAAAAAGGGUGAAUGCGAAGUUCCCAAGGGCUAUCAUCAAGGUGAUCUUUACCUCUGCGAGGAGAGUAAAGAGGAUUUGGAGGGGUGUCUGGGCGCCCUCUACGAUGGUGUUGACUUGGUGUUUGGGGGGGACGAGCGGAAUGGUACGAUUAGUGAAGACGACCAAAAGCGGAGGGGUGUUCGAAGAGCUUUCGUCUGUAUUCGGCCACCGGGUAAGCUGAUUUCCAGCCAGAGCCAGGCCCACACUAACUGCCAGAGUAUAGGUCACCACUGCGCUGAGACACAGCCUUCGGGAUUCUGCUGGUUGAAUAAUGUCCAUAUUGCGAUUGCUCAUGCUGCACGAGCUCACGGGCUAUCGCAUGCCGUCAUAUUAGAUUUUGAUCUCCACCAUGGAGAUGGCUCCCAGGCCAUUGCAUGGACUUUGAAUGAAUUGGCAGAAUCAACACAUAAUACAUCUAAAAGAACUUCUGGUAUACAAGUCCCGAACAUCGGCUACUUUUCGCUUCACGAUAUCAACUCCUAUCCAUGCGAAUACGGUGAUAUCGAUAAGAUCAAAAACGCUAGUCUAAAUUUGCAUGCGCACGGGCAAUGUAUGCAGAACGUCCACUUGGCCCCAUACUCGACUGAAGGGGAAUUCUGGACUUUAUAUAAUGAUAAGUACUCUAGCCUUCUCACAAAAGCUCGUGAGUUUCUUUCCGUCGCGGCAGUUUCAAAACCGAAAAAGAGCAGAGAGUUCAAAGCUGGAGUAUUCUUGUCCGCUGGCUUUGAUGCGAGUGAACACGAGGGGGCUGGCAUGCAGCGUCACGCAGUGAAUGUGCCAACGAGCUUCUUUGCUCGGUUCACAUCAGACGCCGUGGCAUUGGCAGAGGAGUACUGUCACGGGAGAGUUUUGAGUGUUCUUGAGGGUGGUUACUCUGAUAGAGCGCUAACUACCGGUGUAUUUGCCCACAUGGCGGGCCUAGCCUGCGCUCCCCCGGAAGCCGCCAGCACGUACGUAUCGCCAUCUCUUGGACUGACCCCGUUGCACAAACCCCUGGAAAACUCCGGACUAGAUCGAGGUUGGGAUGCGGAGUGGUGGGGAAUGGAAAGGGUACUGGAGCUGGAGGGCCAUUUUGCCAAAAUGACAGCCAAGAAGCCCAAUGUCGAGAGAGCCUCUACCUCCUAUCUCUCACCAACCGCCGCAUCUGUUGCCAAAAAGAAUGAUGUUCCCCGUCGUGUCAUGAGUAAUGGCUAUCUUGAUGGCAAUAACAAUAACGGACCACCACCACCACCCCCGGUUAUUCCCUGGGAGGUUGCUGCUUUUGAUUUGAGUCGCAUGAUUGUUCCGGAAUUUCGGGAAUCGGUGGAGAUACCACCCAUCGAAAAACCUACUAAAAGAUCGGCGAGGCAUUCAGUAAUCGGUGUCGUGGAUCCCGACGGUACGAGGAUGACGCUAAGGGACCGGAAACCGAAGCCAGCUCCGGAUCCCAGCCCCGAUAUUGACAGAGGCCGUCGUAGGAUGACAACCACUGGCAUUCUUCCGGAUAGCGCUGCCUCUAGUCGGGCACCAUCGAGAGCUGUUUCGAGAGCCCCCUCUAGGGCACCUUCAAAGGCACCUUCAAGACCUCCCUCAAGAGCGCAGAGAGUAGGCGCUCCAAGUAGAGGAGUGACGCCCAUCCCCCCCAGUAGAGGUACAACGCCUGCCCCUGGCGGCAGACAAAUUGGGUCGACAUCGGGCGGCGGAGUUACGGUUGCGGGGCCUCGAAAGGCAGUUGUCAAGAAGCCCUCGGUCAUUGGGACCGACGUUUCCAAGAGGGUGGUGGAUCAACACCCAGUCACCGCGGUCCAAAAGACGAGCUCUACCAUAAGCAGUGCGAGUAGUGUCGCCUCUUCUUCGCCUACAGGUUCCCAAGAGCCCAUGAAGACUGGUUGUGACGAUGACGUUGACUCUCUCACCAAGGGAAUGUUCAAAGUCAAGCUCACCUACAAGAAUCGGGAUAAGGAUAGGGCUGAGCAACUUAGAAUCUUGGAGCAAGAAAAGGAGCGGACGGAGCGGGCACUGGAAACAGAAAAACGAAGGCUCGCCACUAAUCACGCACUCAAACGUAAAGAGGGCGGUGUUGGACGAAUGAAGGAGGCAUUCGAGAGGAACCUCACGGGCACUACGGCUGCCGGCAGUCAUGCCGAAAAGGAAACUAAAAUGGUGGACAAUGUGGAGAUUCCUGUUGCCUGUUCCCCGAUGGAUCAAACAUUUCAUGGUGGCGACAUCAAGUUCGCAGAUCCAUGGCAGGGGAAAUGAUCGUCACUGCGUCUUUGGAGUCUAUCGCUUCCUCUGGGUUUCAAUUGUUUGGCUUCAACCCUUCUUUUCGUCUUCCCCUGUUUCCUUUCCCGGUAAUGCCUUUUUGAUAUAUGUUCCGAACUCUUUCUGAUUGGGUUGUUGUGUAAUAACUCGGGAGUCAUGCAGUGAGGGGUGUGCUGGGAUUGGUUCUCGGUGGUGGGGGGUUUUCUGUUUUACGUUAUUUCUUUUCGUGUUCUGGGGGUAGUCAUGCUUGGGUCUAACAUUCCUGAAUCAGAGUUUCCAAGUUUAAAACACUCUUCUUUCUUGCCUUUCCACCUCUUCCCCUUUUCUUUCUUUACAUAACUAUGCAGUCCCGUGCUUGGGGUUUUAUUUUUUCUUCCCACUUCUUGAUUUUUUUGAACCAGAACUUGCUUUGCAUUACGUAUCAAUUGCCAGAGCUGGAUAUUCGCAAUUUUGUGGAGUGGGGAUUGGAACUGUGGAGAUACCUGUUUUAUGUUGGGCUAGCAUUUUCGGGGGUGCCUAUUGGUAGUUGGGGUAUCGUAGCUCAUUUGUGCCUUCGUCAGAUUGAGGGAUUGUUGGUAUUUUGCGCAUCCAAGUGGAUGGAGCGAUCAUAAAUCAUCACUCGCGGGAUCACACUGUCCUCCUUCGAAUUAAAUAUAUACUAGGUCCAUCGAGUGAUAGAUUCAUAUGUAUGGUUUUUGCUCUAGGAGAGUACAAAUAUGAUCGCCGGCCAUGCUAGCUGUGU